CUACCAAAAGACCGAUCGACACCGAUACGCUUCGUCGACGAUCGCGCAGGCGAGGAAACGACGCGGACCGAUCAAUGCGAUCACGAAGCGGGUGUGCCCGCUUUUUGCCUGCCCUGCCUCCCGUUCCCGUUCUUCGGCGUUUCUCGCCACGCCGUAGCGGCAGAAAUCGCGUGGAUUACGAGACGCUCGUCCACCUGACAAGUACCAUCGGAACAGGACGCGCUCGAAAUCCUCUCGUCGUCCCCCGGGGGGAAGGGUUUCUCAGGUUGUCAAUUCGAUCGCGCGUUUCCGCGAGACCCACGAAGGACGACGGAGUGAGAUCAUCGGCGGCCGCGGCGGCGACACGACGACGACGUCGUAUCGAACGUCGUGUGCGACGACGCGCGUUUCGAUCGGGCCUGGCGAGCGCCCGAAUCCUCCUCCUCCUCCCGACGUGUCCCGGCGACGUCCGAGUGGUGGUCCCGCGGGCAUCGAUAUAGCGUGCAAUCCGUUCGACGCGUAUGUGUGAAAAUACACCGCGUUCCCCGCGAGUUCUCCACUUUUCUUUCGUUUUUUUUUCUUCCCGGCGCCCGGUGCACGCCCAUUUUUUUCGCGUCACCAUUGACAACCGUCGUCCCACAACAUCUUGGCGAAUUUGAAAAUUUCGGAUAAUUGGGUCAGCUUCGAUCUUGCGGCUGAUUCAUGCCGGGGGUUUUUAAGCGCACGCGCCCGUGUGCACGCGAGUGCGUGUGUGUGUGUUUGUGUGUGUGUGUGUGCGCACAAUUUUGUGUUUACCGCAAAAGCGCCACGGGGUGCACGACCGCGGAGUGAUGCAUGAUUAAUUGAAGAAAAUCGGACGGUACCACGUUCAUUACCGCGUUGUCGCCGGAUACGACGAACACUUACGAUUAUCGAUCUUGCUCUCUUUUUUUUUUUUUUUUUUUAAAUCAAGUGAAUCCGAGUGUUGUUACGCGUCGCAACAUUUGAACGGCUUUUGGAAUGUGAUGGUUCCGGAAUCUUCCAAAAAUCUCUGAAACAGUUUUCUUAAAGAGUCCAAUACCCAACGUGAUUAUAAUACGGCUGAUUGUUCCAACUUCUUGGUACACUUAUCUAUUAGCUUUCUGAAUACGAAAUGACAAUGAGACUCGUCGUGUGUAUUGUUUCCACGCUGGUGUUUGGAGCAUCAGCUAUAAUACGUGUCCCGGAUAACGUAGAAGUUCAAUCGCCGCCACGAAUAUCUAAACAGCCGCCUACGGACGAGCAGCUGUUUCAAGUGGCUCAAACAAAAGUCAAUGAGAAUGAUAAACCAUUUCUAAUUGAAUGCGAAGCGGAAGGAGAGCCAGUUCCAACAUAUCGUUGGAUUAAAAAUGGAAAGAACUUUGAGUGGCCAGCGUAUGACGAUCGCAUUUCUCAACAGCCUGGUAGAGGCACAUUGGUAAUCUCGAGACCGAGAGACGAGGACUUGGGGCAAUACCAGUGCUUCGCCGAGAACGAAUGGGGUAUAGCUACGUCGAAUUCGGUGUUUGUUCGAAAGGCCGAAUUAAAUUCGUUUAAGGAUGAAAAUCCGAUGACCUUGAACGCGAACGAGGGCUCCCCCUUCAAACUUACCUGCCAACCACCCGAUGGUUGGCCUAAGCCAAACGUUUAUUGGUUGAUUCAGGAUAUUGCUGGUGGUAUCAAGUCAAUCAAUAACUCGAGAAUGACCCUCGAUCCAGAGGGUAAUCUCUGGUUUAGUAAUGUCACGAGAAACGACGCCUCGGACGAUUUUUACUACGCCUGUGCCGCCACAUCUGUGUUCAGAAAUGAAUACAAAGUAGGCAACAAGGUUUUGCUAAAUGUAAUAUCUACGGGUGCGUCAGCCGGCCAGAACAAACAUCCUCCUGAAAGGCAGUACGUCAGCAGGAAGAACGAGGUUGCUUUGCGUGGUAAGAAGGUAGAGCUGUACUGUAUAUUCGGCGGAACGCCUUUGCCGCAGAUUGUUUGGAGCAAAAACGGUCAAUUGCUCAAACCGAGCGAUAGAAUCACUCAAGGAAAUUACGGCAAAUCUCUUAUCAUAAAACACGUCAAUUUUGAGGACGAGGGAAAAUAUACCUGCGAGGCAUCUAACGGAGUGGGAUCAGCUCAGUCGUAUUCCAUAAACUUGCAAGUAAUGGCCGUACCGUAUUUCACUGUUGAGCCGGAAUUCGUGAAUGCCGCGGAGGACGAGACUGUGGAGAUUAGAUGUGAGGCUAGCGGAGUGCCCGUUCCCGAGAUCAAGUGGAUCCACAAUGGUAAACCGAUAUCUGAAGCGCCGCCGAACAGUAGGAGAAAGGUCACACCGAAUUCCAUUAUUAUUGAGAGGCUGGUGAAAAAAGACACGGGAAAUUACGGGUGUAACGCUACUAAUUCGUUAGGAUACGUAUACAAGGACGUGUACGUGAACGUGUUGGCACUCUAUCCAGAUAUCACGCAACCGCCCAUGGACUUGAGCACGGUCGAUGGCAAAACCAUUCGAAUCACGUGUCGCGUUUUCGGCGCGCCUAAGCCCGAGGUCAAGUGGGUUAGGAACGGAUUGGAAUUGACCGGCGGUCGUUACAAGACCCUGGACGUGGGUGAUUUGGAAAUCGAGAACGUGAUAUUCUUGGACGCUGGUAUUUACACAUGUUACGCUUCCAAUAAAUUUGGCGAGGUGAAUGCAUCCGCGAGCUUGGUGGUAAAAGAGCACACCAAGAUAACGGACAAACCGGAAGAUUACGAGGUUGCAGCGGGUUCCACGGCUACAUUUAGAUGCAAUGCCGUUGGCGAUCCCACUCUACCUCUCACCAUAGACUGGCUGAGCAAUGGUGAACCAAUAGACUUUGAAAUGGAACCAAGAUUUAUAAGAAGCACCGAUUAUUCUUUGAUGAUCACAAAGACCACUGAAUUAGAUUCCGGUAUCUACACGUGUGUCGCCCGUACUGAGCUCGAUGAGGCGAGAGCGCAAGCGACGCUGAUAGUUCAGGAUGUACCUAAUGCGCCAAGAUUAGUCGGCAUUAAAUGCAAAUCUGAUUCGGCUAUGGUCGAAUGGGUACCUAUGGGAGAUAAUAGAGCUCCUAUUCUGCGUUACACAAUCCAAUACAAUACCACUUUUACACCGGAUACCUGGGAAAUAUCUAAAGAUCAUGUUCCAGCUUCAGACCUGAGAUACGAAGUGCCCAUGUCACCCUGGGCUAACUACACAUUCCGCGUUCUUGCGUGGAAUAAAAUAGGCUCUUCUCUUCCGUCACCACACAGCGAUGUUUGUACUACCGAGCCGGAUGUUCCUUUUAAAAAUCCGGACAAUGUCAUGGGCAAGGGUACAACGCCACAAAAUUUAGUUAUUUCGUGGACAACCAUGCCACAGAUAGAACAUAAUGGGCCCAAAUUUCUAUACAAGGUAUUUUAUAAAAGAGAUAUACCAGGUGAGAACUGGGUUACAGUUGAUGUACACGAUUGGAGGAAGAAUAAUGUGCUGGUGGAAAAUCAACCUACUUAUCAGAAAUACAAAAUUAAAGUUGUCGCAAUAAACGAGAAAGGAGAAUGUAGAAUUCCUGCCGUCGAAGUUACUGGAUUCUCGGGAGAAGACGUACCUCUACAAGCACCUGGUAAUUUUACACUAAAUCAAAUAAAAUCGGGAACAACCGCGCAGCUGUCGUGGAGUCCGGUACCCGAAGAAUCGGUAAGAGGCGAACUGCAUGGGUACAAGAUUCAAACGUGGACGGAUAAAGACGGCGAGAAGGGAAUGCGCGAGAUUGAUAUUCGCGGUGGAAAUAAAACGCACGCAUUAAUCACGAAAUUCGUUCCAUAUAGCAAAAAUUUUGCGAGAAUACUCGCUUACAAUGGCAGAUACGUUGGUCCUGCGUCUGAAACUUUAAGCUUUGACAUGCCGGAGGGAGUACCAGGAACGGUACUCAGUCUCGAAGCAUUUCCCAUGGGAUCCAGUGCACUAUUUCUAGUGUGGACACGACCUGCGGAACCGAACGGUAUUUUAACCGGAUAUAAAAUUUAUUAUCAAGUUGUGAACGGCACAAAGUUGGGGACGUUACUUGAGAGAAAGCCGCACGUUAUGGAUCCACAAGCUACGAGUGCCAAAUUAGCCUCAUUAGCGCCUGAUACGAUAUAUCGCGUUCACAUACGUGCCACAACCAGGGUCGGUGAAGGCAAUGACUAUUUUAUUGAACAAAAGACAAGAACGUCUCAACGACCUGACAUCCCACAAUUUACAUGGGAAACUAUACCAGUGGAGAAUGGAUACUCAAACGUAAGGGUUAUUUGGUUGCCGAAUUUGAAUGGUAAUCCAGGAAGUCAUUUCUUUGUCAAGUAUAAGCUGAAAGGCGAGACGAUAUCUUUGGAGACAUCUCCCGAAUUCCAAUCGAAUACUAUUGAGAUUCGCGGUCUUCAAAGCGGUGAAGUUUAUGUGAUGUCGGUUGUCGCUGUCGACGGAGACUACAUGAGUGAGAGUGCCCCUCAAGAAGUAGAAACGAGUAGCGAAGGACCAAUUAUUCAACCGAAGGAGAAUGUCGCGACAGCCGGCUGGUUUAUAGGAAUGAUGCUAGCGAUCGCCAUCCUUCUUUUGGUGCUGAUAAUCGUUUGCGUGAUUAAACGAAACAGAGGUGGAAAGUACGCUGUACACGAGCGUGAGUUGGCUGCUGGGCGCGGAGAUUAUCCCGAUGAAGGUGGAUUCCACGAGUAUUCACAACCGUUAGAUACCAAAUCGGCAGGUGGACGUGCGUCCUUAGCGUCUUCUUCUCAUCAGGAUGGCAAACAUCCUGAAUCCGAUACUGAUUCUAUGGCAGAGUAUGGUGAUGGUGAUACAGGGCGUUUUACGGAAGAUGGAUCCUUCAUCGGACAAUACGGACCUAAAGGCAGACCAGAGGAGACACCAUCCAUUCCGACUGGUACUAUGGCCACGUACGUGUAACAUCCGCAACUAACUUAAUCAAAGCCGCAUAAAAAAUUUUUCUCGUUACGGUCAAGGAUUUUCCCAAUCCUUGGCUAUUGCAGCAGCUCUGCUAUGCACCUUGCGCUGGGCGCAAUGUCCAACACUAUACUGCCAAUUAGACUCUGAGUUUUGGGUUUUAUAAUUUCUGUAGUAACCGUGACUGCUGUUUCUUACAAUCGUUCAGAAUAUUAUAGAUUGUUAAUAUUUAUGAGUUUUUUAAUUCAGUUAAAAUACUAUGACAUACUAAAUUUUUAACUAAAGUUUUUUUAGAAAUAUAAUGGAAGUGGUGUAUGUACAUACAAGAUUAAUUUCUUAUGACUAAUUAUUAUUUACUUUAUACAUAAUAUUAUAAAUGUUGACGAUCAAUUAUAUCUCUAUUUUAAUUAUAAAACCCAAAAACAUUAUAGGUGUUUCAUAGCGUGCAAGCUAUUUAUGAAAAUAGUAUCGUAGAAAUUAUUCUAAUAGAAUUGACCGUAAUAUUGACAAAGCCAGGUUGAAAUAGACACUCUGAUUGGUAACAAGAUAUACGAAUUGCAUUUGUGUUAUUGCCAAACUUAUGCAAAUGCAAAGUACUUUUAAGACUGCAUGUAGUAUCCAAUGUAUUUUACAAAAUGAUUUCUAAAUUUUGUGUAUUGAUUUCUAGUUUUAUGAACGUGUGUAUAUAUUUCUUUUAACAUAGUAUUAAAUGUAAUUUUUUAAAAAGCAUUGUAAUUAAAAAAUAACAAAUUGAGAAAUGAUUUUAUUAAAACUAAGCAUUGCUUAUCUUGAUACAAGUACUAAAUAACCUUUAAAAUAAUUGAUUUAGGCUCAAAUAUUUUUUGUUUAUACUUGUUUUCUUGUUAAAAUUUAAAUUAAAAUUUUUUUUACAUUUUAAAUUGUCUUUCAAGAGUGUAGAGUAUUUUAGUGUAUUAUAAAGGAAAGAAUAUUUUGUAAUAUUACAAUAUUUAAAUAAUAAACAAAUACGAGCAGUAAUAUUUUAAAAACCUGCUUUAAAACAUUUAUUUAAUUUUUUUUUCAUCGGAGAGCAUAAAAAAUUAAAUAUAAAUGUAAAAUAAAAGAAAAUUAUUUUGAAGAAGAGUUUAAGUACUUGUACAAAUAAGCAAUAAAACUGCAAAAUUCAGUUAAAACAUUCUUUUAUUACAAUAACAUGUCAUAUUGAAUAAUUACAUAUUAAAAUAUAAUUACAUAUUAAAAUAUAUUUAAAAGGAUAAUUAAAUCUUGGUGCCUACAUUGGACUUAUAAAUAUCUGUAAUAACGCUUACUAAUUUUUAAAACGCAAUUUGCAAAAGUGAUUUCUUGCUUUAAGUGGAAUAUAGUAUAAUCUACGUGACAAGAGCUUACACAGAAGAAAAUUUAUAAAAUCAAAAUCAUUGAAAUUAAUAUAAUAAAAUAGAAAAUGUUUGAAAAAUGUUUGCUGUUUCACAUGCAUAAAAACUAAAUUAUUGAUAUUAAAAACAUUGAUAUUAAAAAUGACAAAUAGUAUGACGUCAAUUUUGUACGCGGCUUUUGUAAUAUAUUAAAAUUAUCUGAUUUCUAAUCUAAUUUGAAAUAGGAAUGCCUAAUAUUAAUGAGUGAUACUGCAUAUUUACAUGCAAUCUUGUGUGAAAAUGAAGAAUCACUAUAAAUGACAGUGUCGCAAUCUGGCUUCGACUGAUUUUAACUUUUAAUCUUGUAAUGGACGGUUAUAUUAAGAAUCUCUAGCCGCGAUCAAUUUUUACUCUGCCGAAAAAGGGCCAAAUCUAAACAAACGAAUAAUAAUCUAUAAUUAUCAUGCACUUUACACUUUAUUAUUAACAUACACACUUUACACACGUGGACGCGUGUAUACGCAAAAAUAAUAAGGAUACGCGAGAGAUAGUAAAGAAUAAAGUAAUAUUGAAGA